AUGCUCAGUGUUCGUGUAGCUAUAAAACAAAAUGCACCAACAACAGCAGCAGCAGCAACAGCAUCAACAGCGACACCAAAAGUAGGUCCUGUAAAUAAUUUAUUGCACUCCAUGUUCAAUCAAGUCGAUGUAUUAUUCAAUCAAAAGCCCGUGUCAACGCCUAAUAAUUUAUAUGCGUACAGAGCGUACAUAGAGACGUUAUUAAACUACGGUUAUGAUGCUAAAGAAUCACACUUAUCGACCGUGGGCUGGUCUGAAGAUACACCUGGUGAAUUCGAUGAUAUAGCCGAUGCCAACGCUGGGCUUAAAAAUCGCCGUUCUUUCUUGACUUGUGGUAAAACUUUAGGUUUUAUUGGCCAUUUACAUUGCGAUGUCCAUAACCAGGAAAGGUUUCUUAUAAACGGUGUGGAGAUGCGCUUACGUCUAACAAGAUCUCGUGAUUCGUUCUGUCUUAUGGGUGGUGCUGAUAGUCAAAACUGUACUCUUCAUAUUCAAGAAGCUAGCUUAGUUGUGAGACGAGCUAAAAUUUCGCCGAGUUUUUUACUUGCAAACGCAAGAGCUCUAACUAAAACAACAGCAAAAUAUCCUAUAACGCGUGUAGAGGUAAAAGCCGUUUCAAUUCAUACAGGCGUUCAUGGUGAAACAAUUGAUAAUGUGAUAUUAAGUCAAAUACCUAAAAGAGUAAUUCUCGGAUUCGUAAAUAACAAAGCCUUUAACGGUGAUAAAACCGAUUUGUCCGCAAACAGUAAUUCACACUGGAAUUUGAUACGUCAUGGUAGCGUUAGAAUAGAAGCGCGCUUUGCUGAAGCUUUAGAAGCAACGAUCAGCUGUAUAGUAUAUGCUGAGUAUGAUAGUGUUAUAGAAAUAGAUGCUUCCAGGCAUAUAUCUGUUGAUUUUACCGGUUAA